UGGAACCAGGGAGAAGGCUGAGCCCAAGGUGCCCCAGACAUGAGCCAAGCCCAGCCGAGGGGGCCGAUGGCGGGCACUGACCGGACCCUCGCCUGGGCCCUCCUGCUCUUCUCCCUCCUGGUCCAGUUGCCGCCCGACGCCCAGGGCAUCUGCUACUUCCAUGCACAAGCCCCCUGCCGCUACAAGGGGAAGCCCUUUGCCCCCGGAGAGUCCUGGAGGGGCGCCAACUGCUCCAAGUGCUUCUGCCUGGAGCCCCUCGGCGUGGGAUGCUGCGACACGAUGCAGCUCCCCGUGGACUUCCCCGAGGGCUGCCAGGUGCGCUACGACUCCCGGGCCUGCCAGGUCUCCUUGGUGCAGAAGGGCCGGCCACACCUGCCCUGCCACAACAGCCUGGAGCCCGGAUGGGGGUCCGGGCAGCCCCCCAAGCACAAGCCCCCGCUGUUGCCACCAUUGCCUGGCAAGCCAAGCCAGGGCAGGUAGAGACCCAGAGAAGAGGAGACCCUCAACGGAGACCCUCCUCACUGCGACACGGCCACUCUUCCUUCCAGUCUUUACUCACUGCUCACAAAUCUCAGAUGGAAACAUUAUGAUUAUUAUUUGAUGUGUUGUCAAAGGCUUGUUGUUAAUAUUGUCGAAGGCUUUCGUGACCGGAAUCACUGGGUUAAUGUGAGUUUUUCAGGCUGCAGGGCCAAUGUGUUCCAGUGGCAUUCUCUCCUGACGUUUUGCCUGCCUCUGUGGCUAAUGGCAUCUUCAGAGGUUGGAAGUGAGUGAAGCAAGUGGAGUGUCCAUACUCCUGGGCGGGAGGGUGAACCCUUGUCUGUUUGAAGCAAGUGUGAAUGUUGCAAUUAGCAAGCUUGAUUAGCAUUGAGGAGCCAUGAAAUUUUGGAAAGUCAAUUCGUGAUGGUAUCUGCAUAGAGGUACUGAAGCAAGCGGAGUGUAUAUAUAUCUGUGGAAUAAUGUCCAAGUUGGGAGGAAAAACCCUUGUGUGUCUGCAGCAAGUGUGGAUGGUACAAUCACCAAGCUUGAAAAGCAUUGAGGAGUCAUGAAAUUUUGCAAAGUCAAUCCAUGAGGGUAUUUGCAUAGGGGUAGCCUGACCUCUGUUGCCUGGAGGCAUCCUCUGUUGCUGUUUGAUUGUUUGCUGUCUGGAGUUCUCCUGAUUCCGAGUCUUGAUUCUGGUGUUUUUUAAUAUAGUAGAGUCUCAGUUAUCCAACAUAAACGGGCCGGCAGAACAUUGGAUUAGUGAAAAUCUUGGAUAAUAAGGAGGAAUUAAGGAAAAGCCUAUUAAACAUCAAAUUAUGUUAUGAUUUUACAAAUUAAGCACCAAAACAUCAUGAUUUACAACAGAUGGAUAGAAAAAGCAGUUCAGUACAUGGUAUGGUUAUGAAAUAAUUACUAUAUUUAUGAAUUUAGCACCAAAAUUUUGCAAUUUAUUGAAAAAUUGACUACAAAAUAUUGACUACUAAAAGGCAAACUGCCUUGGAUAAUACAGAACCUUGGAUAAGCAGAGCUUGGAUAAGUGAGACUCUACUGUACCAGAAAACAGAUUUUCUUCAUUUAUAUGGUCUCCCUCCUUUCUGGUGAAAUUGUCCACAUGCUUCCUGUGGAUUCCCAGAGAAUGCCCCCAGGCAACAGAGGACAGGCUAACUCUAUGCAGCCCCCAGUGGUGCAGUGGGUUGGCAGUUUGAAUCCGGGGAACGGGGUGAGCACAUGCUGCUAGCCCCAGCUUUUGCCAACCUAGCAGUUCGAAAACAUGUAAAUGUGAGUAGAUUAAUAGGUACCACUAUGGCGGGAAAGUAACAGCGCUCCAUGCAGCCAUGUCAGUGGCCACAUGACCUAGGAGGUGUCAAUGGACAACGCUGGCUCUUCAGCUUAGAAAUGGAGAUGAGCAACAACCCACAGAGGAUGCCCUCAGUCAACAGAAGCCAGGCUGCCUCUAUGCAGACACCCUCACUGGUUGACUUUGCAGCUGCAGAAAGCUACUCAAUGCUACUCAAGCUUGCUAAUUGUAACAUCCACACUUGCUUUAACAAGACAAGGAUUUUUCCUCCCACUCUGGACAUUAUUCCACAGGUAUGUAUACACUCCACUUGCCUCACUGCCAACAAACCUCUGAAGAUGCCAUUAGCCACAGGUGCAGGUGAAACGUCAGGAGAGAAUGCUGCUGGAGCAUGGCCUUAGAGCCCAGAAAAAUCACAGCAACCAACCAUUAUUAUUAUUGUUAUUGUUGUCUCCAGGAAUGCUGCUCUUUAGGGUCCGAGGCCAAAAUGUGCAAGACCCUUGCGUGGGUUGAGACAUUGGGUUGGGGGGCAAGGGGAGGGGUGCCACUCAGGGUCCCUUUGCCAUGUUGUGACCGCCUUGCAAUAAACGAACCCACAAAGCUCAACAGGGCUUGUCUCUCUGCUUUGGGGAACCACGAGAGAAAGUGGCGCCAAGGGGCUCAAGGGGAAUGAACGCAAGCCCCUUCCCACCAUUAUGGCAAAGGCAGGCAGGAGGGGUGGGGUCCUGGCCGCUGGCUCUCUUUAAGGGUUUAUUCUACUCUAUGUAGUUUUUUUGUAUUGUAUUUCAUUUGUAUUAUUUAUGUUGUG